UGCAGAAACCACUUUUGGCUAAAUUAAAAGGAAUACUGAAUAGGAAGGAUAGCAGGAGCAUUAGCAAUGUUCGUCUGUGGGAAACAGGUUAACGCAGCAUAUAGAUUUAUGUUGUUUUUCUUCAUUUUUCUGUCCCUCUUUGUGACCUACUACUGGAAGAUGAAUGCCCUGCAGGAUAAGGUGGUUGCAAAGGCAGGGCAGGAACACCAUGGCAAUCGUUCUUGUAAAGGCCAAGGCUAUUUAACUAAUGCCACCAUCACCCCACUCCGAGAUAAAAACAGCUUUAUCAUAGCCCCCUAUUCCGACAAGAGGGACGGAAAUUUCAUCCGCGUUCUGAGUAUUGUUCACCAUGAAAAAGUCAAGGAACUCUACUGUGUGUUUUGCUGUCAAAAUAGUAACCGUACUGUUAUCGUGAAGGCUGAGAUAGACAUCCACUCCGACCGAUUUGAAUUCCCUUAUGGCACGGCAGAUUUGCUUUGCCUUGAGCCACAAGACUGUGACCCCCAGUUCAUCUCUGUCCACCCCUCCGCUGAUCCAGAGGCCAGCCAGCUGCCCUUAUUUCAAAUCCAAAACCUCCGCUCGGAGAACCCCACUCUGGAGUUCACCGUGUGCAUUUCUACCAUGUUUGGAGAAUACAAUAACGUCUUGCAGUUUGUACAGAGCAUAGAGUUGUAUAAAAUCCUGGGGGCGCAGAAGGUGAUGAUUUAUAAGAACAGUUGCAGCCCGCUGUUGGAGCAAGUCCUAGAAUAUUAUAUCUCCGAAGGCACUGUUGAAAUAAUUCCUUGGCCAAUCCACUUGUACCUGAAAGUUUCAUCUCGCUGGCAUCACUCCAUGGAAGGCAAAGAUAUUGGCUACUACGGGCAAAUCACGGCCUUGAAUGACUGCAUUUACCAUAAUAUGUACAGAAGCAAAUAUGUAGCGCUUAUUGAUGCUGAUGAAGUGAUUCUCCCCGUUAAGGACGCAGACUGGAAAUCCCUAAUGCAAAGACUGGAAAAGGAGAAUCCAGAAGAUGGGGUUUUCCUGUUUGAAAACCACGUGUACGGUAAUAGUCUAUUUUCCACAAGUCCAUUCAAGGUCUCAUCUUGGCACACCGUGCCUGGAGAAAACAUCCUUGAAUAUGUCUACAGGCAACCAAAAUACCUCCCUGCAGUCAGGAACAGGAAGAUGAUGAUUGACCCAAGAAAAGUAGUUCAGACAUCGGUUCACAAUGUCAUCAAGAAGUAUGGGAAUUCUGUGAGUGUUAAAAACAGUAUCGCCGUUCUCUUCCAUUGCAAGAAACCUGAAAGUAAAGAUUUGGACACAGAAUCCAUUGUUCCAAACAAAAUCCUCUGGCGUUACAGCAGCACUUUGAUUCCCAAUAUUAACAAAGUCCUGCAUAAAUCUAACAUUUUAUAAGCCAGCAGUACAACCCUGGGAAGAAAAAUGUGGAGGCCUUCACAAGCAGUGCAGGUGGCAUCAAUAUUUUGUCUAUCGCUGCAAAAGCCAAAACUGUUCUAGGAUAGACUUUUCCACC